UACAAAUUUAACUAACAAGAAAGAGUAUGUUAAAAUACACAAAUAUUUGUAUGUGUAUAUAUAUAAAUAUAUAUUAAAAAGGGUUUUGUUAGCCUGUGAAAAGCUUGGUACUCCCUUGGUUCAAGCUCCCCCAUCCAUUCACUUCGAUUCCACCGCACAUUUCUCAAACCCUUCCUUUCUUCUUAACAAUGGAGGGAUGACCUCUCACUCUUUUCACUCGCCGCCGCCGCUCCCCAUGGCACGCCAGCAGAAGGUCCUGCGCCGCUCCCCGCCGGUCACCCGGUGCCGGGAGCGCUGCCGCGCGGGAGAGGUCGCGGGAAAUGCAACUGCUGCGUGCGCCGCCGUGUGCUGCUGCGUACCUUGCACAGUGAUGGACGUGGUAGUGCUCGCCGCCUACAAGGUCCCCGCCGGUCUCGUGAAGAAGGCCAUGCACAAGAGGAAGCGACGCCAGUUGCAGAAGAAGAACAAGAAAACGGAGGCUCUCUUGGAUCACGGGCCCGAUGGUGUUUCUGGGCCCGAUGAUGUUUCUGGGCCCAGGCCCUCUCUGGAGGAAAACCUCUCGGAAAACGUGGCGGAGGACACUAGCAAGCUGGAGGAGGAGAUGUGGGCCCAGUUUAACGGAACGGGCUUCUGGAGAAGCGAUUCUCAGCGCCUCGAACAACAACGACAACAACCCACUGCGGAAUGCCCCUGCCAGGCCCAAUGAUUUCGACCUUUGCGCGCAACUGAAACCAAACCAUUUUGGAGCGUGACGUGGACGCGCGAUGAUUUGUGUGUGCAUAAGACAGUGAUUAAUCAAAUAUAUUGGGUUUAGUGGAUAAUAAUUUUUUUUCUCCUUGUGUCUAUUUUCUCAUUAUUGUGAUAACGUUGAGAAAGUGUUUUACGAAUUUCUGAAGUGAUUAACAUGUAGUGGUUGUAGUUGUACUGAGGAAGAAGGGUAAGUAGAAAGUAGGUUCCAUUUGUCAGAUAUUGGCAUGUUAAGUUUGAGGUAAAAAAGUGAGUGGCGAGAGUAAUGAUGUAUUCAUUUUAAGGUUCACAUUCAAAUAGAUUAAUGUUGUACAUAUUUCUUUUUCUCGUUGUUUCCCUUGUUCAAAACGGGAGAAGUAGGUCAUAUAACACAUCAAAAAGCAACAUUGCAACAUGCUUUCUUGUCUCUUCUCAAUGCUAUUGCU